AGAUUUUUUAAAAACGGGGUUGAAUUUUAAGUGCAGUCCGGACAGUGAACUAUGACCUCUGAACUGUGGCUUUCACCUCUUUUGUUAUGGUCCUGAGUGCUGAUGCCGUGUAAAGAGCUUCGACAAUGCUGGCUCUUCUCAAUCCUGACCUUAGUCACGUUUAACGAGAGGUCGGAUCCAACGAGGACAACAAGCCGGUCCCGGCAACCUCGGUGCGAUACCCACUGUGCAAAUUUCUUCUCUAGAUCCAUAUCAAGUAUACCAACCAAGAGUGACUACGAUCUCAAGCUGAAAAAGCAAAUUUAUUCUAUUUAAGUAUGGAAAUCAGUCAGGAAGACGUAGUUGGCUUUGUAGGUAAUGUUUUUUGCAAGAGGGUCCAAAUUGUCAAGAGACUGUUAUCAUACGUGGACAUAAACUGGCUUGUUGAAGAAAGUGAAACAGGAUUCAAUUAUGUGUGCAAAAUUUUGAAAAAUAGAGCGUUAGAAGAAAAGAACAGUAAGAUUAAGCAGCAAAUAGACUGCGUUCUGCAUCUCAAGAAGCACGGAUUCAAGUGUUCAGAAUUUGUAGCAGGGAAAGAUGGAUCAUUUCUACAAACGUAUAAGUACACAGGACUUGAUGGACAAAGUUUCAGUCUUUUGGGCUUUCUGUAUUCUUUCAUCCCUGGGACUGAACUUGAAAGUACUGGUUGUGUGAAUGAAUGUGCGGUAAUAUUUGAGCUGGGAAUGCUGUUAGGACAUUUUCAUCACACGUUAAAAGACUUGCCUCAUGAUAACUUACUGCCGGACCUGGAGGAACCAUGGUACAUGUCAAAUAUAGGCCUCCUUUCCGAUAUGGAGUAUUUGCAGGUUAUCGAGGAUGGCCCACAGCGUAUAAGGCUCAAAGCUAUGAUAGAAGAAAUUGACUCGACUUUUUCAGCUGUUCAAGACAGGUUGAGUAAAGGCAUUCUUCACGGAGAUUUCCAUGGGUACAAUCUAAUUGUUGAGCACUCCUUUAACAGUCAGAUGAGACGUUGUAGUUUGAAGUCUAAUAUUUUAAAAGAAUUCAAGGCAUUAAAGGAAGAACUUCGUAUAAAAAAUAACCCCAGCUCACUACCAUCUUUUGCCUCCAUUCUGCAACAGAAAUGUAACAGACCUAGCUUUGAGGAAAUUCUUGAAACUUAUGGCAUCAUAGACUAUGGGGAAGUUUCCUUUUCUUUCAUUGUGUUAGAGGUUGGCCGACUUAUUGUUGACCUGAUGACUAUUGUUUUAUCAAAGCCUCCAAAGGAGGAGGGUGUUGAUGUUUGCAAGUACCCAGUUUACUUUGAAAGUGAUGUCAGUGAACAGCUUCACAGGGAAGUUUGUGUCAGGGAACCCUCCAAAAAUGAACAUAUUCCUAUCUCCGAAAACAGCAUCACCAAUUGUACCAAGGAUUCCGUACAAAGUUGUGAAGCCAGGACUAAAAUUCCUAAAGGAGAAUCUGCAAAACAAACAAAAUUGAUGAAAACAGACAAAGAGAGUAGAACAGAACACUUUCUCCGUGAUGUUGUUGGCCUCGGAGGGGUGGCUCUCAGUGGCUACUUGCUGACUAACACUCUCACAGAUGUGGACAUUUCAAUCUUGAAGGCUUCUGUGAUGAGCUCUCUUAUUCAGUAUUAUAUUUUAGGCACCAAGGCCAUGGCUGAGCAACCAGAAAACAGUCAGUAUGUAGGCUUGGGUGCAGCCGAGGCAGAGAGACUUUUGUGGGUGAUAGAUUCUAUGAGUCAAAAUGAGCUGCAUCAAGCCUGGAUAGAAAGUGCAAUCAUAUUUUUAACUUGAUAAUGGAUAACUGUUGAAAUGUUAAAAAAUUUUGUGUGUGUGGUAACUGAACGGCAGGGAAAUUGAGCACUUGAUAAAAUCCUGAAGUGGCGCGGAGCAUCGCUCCAACUGGCUCAAAAUGUUGGUCAAAUAGCCUCCCCCCCAACUAGUACCUUUGCCUUCCUUGCUGUUAAACCUGUUUCUGUACAAUCAGUGCCUGAUGCAUGAAACUGGCUUACUAAGGGUCUGAGGUAGCUGAUGGUAAGAAUAUUCUGUUUGAUGCAAAGUGUAUUGUGCAAGAUAAUGAAUACCGAUACUCAAACACAGGGAGUCAGUUUCCUCUCAUUGAGUCUGAGGUAUCGUUAUAUAUACUUAUAUACAAAACAUAUACAUGUAUGAACUAUAAUAAGCAAUAUCAGAUUCAACGAUACCUCAGACUCAAUGAGAGGAAACUGACUCCCUGUGUUUGAGUAUCGGUAUUCAUUAUCUUGCACAAUACAUUUUGCAUCAAACAGAAUAUAUAUAUAUACAUAUAUAUAUAUAUGUUUGCGUGUAUGUACAUGUAAAGGAGGGAGAUGGACUGUUUUUGUUAGACCUAAAGAAGUGUUUUAAGACCUAGUUAUUAUUGUAGAGGGUUGUGCAGGCCAAGGUACCUAGCUUGAUUUAAAAAGGAUACAUUUUGGUGGGAAGGCCAGGAUAUAGCUUGAGAUAUUCUUGACACCUUAUUUGAGAGGAAUAAACUGUUUUGUAUAACAUGUAUGACAAGUGUGAAUGAAAAUAUUAGUGCAGAGGUUUCUUUUAUCCUUCUAGAUCUAAUUAACUUUCUGACUCGGUUUUUCCAAUUUUCAGAUUACUUUUGUGAUUACUGUGCAUCACAUGUACUUGCAUGUAUGUAUAUGAAUAAAUUCUACAUCUGUAUACA